UGCCGUGAAACGAGAAAGAAGAAGAUCGCAAUAACGCUAGAAAUUGGCAGAAAUAUGAGAAAUAUGGAGCUCGUUACUGUCGAAACUGACGACGCGAGUCAGCCGGAACCGAGCGUAAUUGAGCAUGGAGACACCGAGGAACACACAGAAGGGGAGGACGCGAAGCAGCAAGUGCACGCGCCGAAAGAGAAGGGGAAGGGAAGACGCACCGUCCGAGCUCGAAAAACCAAAGCCGUAAAGCCUCACACCUGCUUCCGGUGCGAGAAGAGCUUCAAGCACAAAGGCCAUCUGAACACGCACUUACGAACGCACACCGGAGAGAAACCGUUCACGUGCAGCGAGUGCGGGAAGAGCUUCACCCGUUCCGCGGGUCUCAGCAAACACCUGUUCAGUCACUCCGGAGUGAAGCCUUUUAUCUGCGACCAGUGCGGUAAAGACUUCGUUACGUGGUCCAAACUAAAAACGCACCUGGACGUUCAUUCGGACGAGAGCCCGCACGAGUGCUCCCUGUGCGGGAAGCGUUUUCCGCGACUGGACGCCUUCAAACAGCACCAGAAAAUACACAGCGAGGUGAGGGAGCACGCGUGUCCUGAGUGCGGGAAGAGCUUCACCACGGCGACUCAGCUGACGCAGCACCGGAGGAUCCACACCGGAGAGAAACCGUACCGGUGCUCGCACUGCGGCAAGACGUUCACUCUCUCUGGGAACCUGAAGGCGCACGAGCGGGUUCACACCGGGGAGAAGCCGUAUCGCUGCGACCAGUGCGGGGAGACGUUCAUAAGCACCAAAACCCUCCGUUACCACAUGCACGGGCACUCCGGGGAGCGUCCGUUCGGCUGCGGCCGGUGCGGGAAGAGGUUCAAGUCGGCGUCGAACCUGAAGUGCCACGCGAAGGUCCACCUGGACGAAAAGCCUCACCUGUGCUCCCUGUGCGGGAAGGGCUUUUCCAGGCUGAACAGCUGCAAGGCGCACCAGAGGACGCACGAGGACGCCGGGGAGCAGCACGCUUGCGCGGAGUGCGGGAAGAGCUUCGCCGCCGUCGGCCAGCUGAAGCGGCACGAAAGGGUCCACACCGGGGAGAAGCCGCACAAGUGCGCGUACUGCGACAAGAGCUUCGCCGCGUCCGGGAACCGGAAAGUGCACGAGCGGGUGCACACCGGGGAGAAACCGUACCGCUGCGCCCGGUGCGGGAAGAGCUUCACUCAGUCGAAGAACGUAGCGGUCCACGUGGAAAAGUAUUGCUCCGCGUCGCAGUGAGGGCUCGCGCAUUUUUAUUCUGGGAUUUAAAGUCUCGCCGUGAAGGCAGACGGGCGGGAAACAAACCCAGUUUGAAUUGGCUAAUUAAUUUAUUCAUAAAUGGUUUAUUUAUACGUGCACUUAUUUCUCUUAAACGUACACUUUAUGCAGGCUCUGCAUUUCGCUGGGAAGACGUGUGUUUAUGUAACGUUUUUAUAGAAGUGAACGCGUUUCAAUGGGAAUUGUGGCUUUAUUGUUCAGGUGCCAGCUAUUGAUGUUAAUGACUGACCACCCAAAUCCUACCAGGUAGAAACAUUUCUGGUGUAUUUUACACGUUCUUAGUUAGAUGUAUGCUUUAUUUAUGGAUUUGUUCGAAAUAUAUUAGUUUCCUCGUGUCCAUUAAAGAAAUGUGUUUGCA